UCAUUCGAUCCGUUGUUGUCGUUGAAACUUGUUGUAUUCAUGUUGCUGUUCUCGUUGUUCUACAUAAAUUCGAUGUUUUAUGUCGACCAAGUGUAUCACAUGAUUAAUUAAUCAUUACAUCAAAUCGAGCGCAUACACUCACAUAUCGAUAUUCUUCUUAAAAAUUCACUCAGUGUCAAGAUCCGAUAGAACUGAAUUUGAUUAAAUAAAUCGGCUCAAGUUCAAAAAUGAGUUGUUUUUCUUGUUUGUCACAGUGCUGGUUGUUUUGUCAUUUGAGUGAGUGAUUGACCGGUCGAACGGUCAGUCGUUUGGCCGUAUUUCGUACUAAAUCGAUUUGACUUAUUUUUGUGAUGGAAAACUAUGCAACAUAAAAAUUAGCAGACAACAGUUGAUCGAGUGAAUUUGAUACGUCAACACUACACAUCUAUAUCGAACGGGAAGUUAAAAAUGUUGAUUAAUUAGCAAGAUGAAAAAAAGAAACGAAAUCAAUACAAUAAGAAGCGUACAAAAGAAGAAUUACGUAUUUAUCUAUAACAAUCAGUUAUCAUCGUGUGUGUAAAUAAUUUUAUUGCCUAGUGAACAAUUAGACAACGAGCGAUUAAGUUUUGAAGAAACAUUUAUUAAUUAACACUUUGAACAUAUACAAGGCGACGGUAAAUACGACCAAGAACGUAGUUCACACACACCGCUGUUCUGUAGAGCAAUAUUUUUUUUGUGGGAAGGAGACCGAACACAUUUUGUGGUCAACACCGGUCGUGUGAAAAGAAUGAAGAAUAUAUUGCUCGAUGUCAAAUUGAGUGGUGAGCGCGAGUGUCUACGACCGUUAAAAGAUUAUGCAAAGAAAAAAGUAAAUCCAUUCUAGCUCUUAACUCCAAACACAACACACGAUACAAACCAAAUCAAAUCGUCAAACGUAAACAAAGUGCGUAUACGGUUUGGGGCGUGUAUGGUAUUCAUUCUUCAUUAUUUUAACAAUAUUCAGAUUUACUGGGACGGAUCGCGUAAUAAUAGUGUUUUUGCGCAAACAAAUCUUAGAAUCACACAAAAGUCGCAUUUUUUUCGUGUAUGUAUGUUUUUUGAACAAAAUUGAAGGUGAUGUGAUACAAUGUAAUAAAUAAAGACCAUUUUAGUGAAAGAAGCGGAAAAAAUAUAUCCGCACAGUAAAACCGAAACACAACAAGUAAAUUGUCGGCGUUAAGUGUUUAUUUUUUUUGUUGAUUUAAAAUGACAAAUAUUUGUGUUUACAUUUUGAUGCGUUAAUCAGUACCAAAUAAAACGACGCAAACACAAAGAGUUUGAUUGAUAUAGACAGAAGGACAGGGAGACAUAGAACAAACAAAUCAGUUUCCAUAACGAACAGUGCAUCAUCAUAAUUUAUACAUUGCGUUUUGACAGCCAAAAUUAAAGGAGAAACAAAAAUAAUUAAUAAAUAAUAGAGUGUGUGCAAUAAAAAUGUGAUAUAUCUACAGUAAAAAAUAUAUUAUGAAUGUGAAUGAGUGUGCGUUUUUGUGAAACAAAACGAAAAUUUUACGUAUGAGCAAUUGGUUCUUGGCUAUGCUCUUGUAAACCCCCAUAAAAAUUGGAACGACAAUGCCAAAUUUAACGAUACAGUGAUUUUGCCUGACACAAAUCUUUUUAUUUUUGUUCAAUCGUCAUUGCUUUUCUGUACUGCAAAAAAAAAAAACUAAUUUGUGUGUCCUCCGACGAGUAAAGGCUUUCCAAUUACAACCAAAAACAUAUUGUGGCGCCGAACCACAUUAACGUCGGAAAAAAGAAUGCCAAAGGAAUCAUCGUCGACUGAUGAACUUCAGCGAAAAUGUCACCGAUGAUAUAUACUAUUUAUGGAUUUGCGAUAUUUUUCUUCGUAUUUUGGUGUGGCAAGUGGCUAUUACACGUGCUUGCUAUUAGCUAUGGCAAAUUUAAAUUACAUCGCAAAGUUAAGGCUUCGGUAAAAAAGUCGAAAACAUUGGAAAUUGAACAAGUCACCGAACAGCAACAAACACAACAGCAACAGAAAAAACAAAUAUUAUCAUCAACAACGCCGUCUUUGUCGUCGUCAACAUCGACAGCGCUGCCAUCAUCAACAUUAUCGUCGCCACUACCAUCAGUUAGCGCGCAAUUGUCAUCCACCACCAAUUUAGUUAGAGAAAUACAACCGCUGCCAUCAAUAUCAAUUCUAAAACCGCUUAUGGGUGUUGACCCAAAUUUGCAACAAAAUUUGGAAACAUUUUUUACUAUGAACUAUCAAACGUAUGAGCUUCUAUUUUGUAUUGAGGAUAACUGUGAUCCGGCGAUUGACGUUGUGCAAACACUGAGGCAAAAGUAUCCAACGAUCGAUUCGAGAUUAUUCAUAGGUGGAUCAAAUGUUGGAGUCAAUCCAAAAAUAAAUAACAUGCAUCAAGGAUAUAUGGCAGCUAAAUAUGAACUGGUUAUGAUAUCAGACUGUGGUAUUCGAAUGAAAGAGGAUACGUUACUCGAUAUGGUUGAAUACAUGACUAGCAAAGUGGGUUUGGUUCAUCAGAUGCCAUUCACGUGUGAUCGCGAAGGAUUUGCGGCAACAUUUGAAAAGAUAUUUUUCGGAACCAUACAAUCGCGUAUCUAUUUAUCAGCUGAUUUAUUGGGUAUAAAUUGUCACACGGGCAUGUCAUGUUUGAUGCGACAAAAUGUGUUGGCUGAAUUAGGUGGUUUGCAGGCAUUCAGUUGUUAUUUGGCCGAAGAUUUUUUCAUUGCACAAGCGUUCAUGGAUCGUGGUUGGAAAUUGGCCAUAAGCAGUCAACCUGCAUGGCAAAAUUCCGGCAUUUGUGAUAUAUCCACGUUUCAAGCACGAUUAACGCGUUGGGUUAAAUUGCGUGUUGCUAUGUUGCCCACAAUGAUCAUAUUGGAACCGUUAUCAGAAUGCAUGAUUUUGGGUGCAUUGGCUUCAUGGUCUGUAUCGGUUCUAUUUCAUUGGGAUGCGCUUGUCUUUUAUUUAGUACACAUUCUAAUGUGGUUGCUAAGCGAUUGGCUAAUGUUGUCAAUCGUACAAAAUGGCACGUUACCAUUUAAUAAAUUUGAAUUUGUCAUUGGAUGGCUGUUACGCGAAUGCACUGGACCAUAUUUGUUCUUUAAUGCACUAUGGAAUCCGGCGAUACGAUGGCGUGAACGGGUAUUUCGUUUGGCUUGGGGUGGCAUUGCAUACGAAAUUACAGAAGAAAAUGGUGAUAAUAUAAAAUGUGCAAUUGAGGAGAGUGAAAAGAAAUUGCAUAAGCCAAGCAAAACAUGGCCAAAAAAUUUGUUUGAGGGAUCAAUUAGUAUAAGAAAUCAAAUGCCAUUAUCACACAAUGGUUCAUCGAAAGUGGACAGUAUCGGUGGCGACGGCGUGAAUUGGUGUGAAAAAUUGAAUACGUUAAGCAACAACAAGUCUUCAAUCAACGAUUUUUCGUUGUCAUCGCAACAUCGAAAUUGCAUUUCGAUUUCAGUUGGGAUGGAUGCCUAAUCACAUCCGCGUACUCUAAAUACCUACAUUUCUUGCUCAAUGCUGAUUAUGUGUCUAACAAAGAAAGGAUAGAAAGGGCGAGAGAGAAUAAAAUUAAGCAGAGCUACAUUGUUGCAUUUCUUAUUUCUUGAAAACCGUUUGAAUUAGAAAUUCGUAAUCGAAUUCACUGUCAGUCACUCGCUAAAUUCGUAUCAAUCAACGGUAUUAGGAAAUUGUACCCCAUAGGGGUUUUCACAUUUACAAAAAAAAUCCUGAUUAUGCAAAGUACUGGUUACCAAUUGAAAAAAAGGCAACUGACUGACAAUCAAAAUACAUUUUUUUUAAUUGAAGAAAUAAAAGAAUGAUCGAAAAAUGAACGCGAGUCAUUUGUGCGCUUGUGUCCACAAUAUGCCAAUAUGAAGAAACAAAGAAAAAAACCAAUUGCAGAGUAGUUUUACCUCAUAAAAUAGUACUUAUUUUUUUUUUAAUUGACUCAAUUGCUUGUUUUUAUGUACAGAAACACAUUUUUUAAUCACUCUUCAUCUUUUCGAACACACUCACCCCUCACAAUCAUACGUCAACGCAAUUGGUUUAUCGACACUCAGAACUCUCAUAUUUGCGACGUUAACCAUUUAGAAUGGAAAAUUAAGCAAACAGAAAAAUCUACAAUAAACGAGAAUCUAUUCUUUGAUAAAUAUUUCAUGGACACAUUCAGUUGACAAAAAUCAAGCACCACAGCUCACCUGGGCUGCAGUACUACUUAUACGCGAGACGACGACGUCGUCAUUUGUUGCUUUUUUUCUAGGAAAAUUUAUUUGUAUCAACGUACAUUUAUGUUUGAUUUAUUUUGAUUUGUGGUGUAAUUUGCCAAGUGUAAUUAGUUAAGUUUGUUGCCAAACAUUUUAAAAAGCGAAAAUGAAUUUGAAUCCAUCAAUAAACAGACAUUGCAAAUGAUAAUAAUUUCCAAGAAUUUGCGAAACAAAUGAGACAGAAAACAGGAAAAAACCAAAAAAGCAACAAAAAUCGGUUGUAAUAAAUCAGUGUGUCCAUAAUAUAUAGAAAUAUCACUAAAUAGUGUCGAUAUCUAUACUAUAUCGGUCCACUAUAUAUGAAAGAUAUUGCCGCACGGCACCGUAUCGCACGAUCGAAGCCAGUGUAGACGGAAAAAAUCACAAAUUGCCAUGCGGCAGUAGAAAGAACUGUGUGUAUGCGUCAACAUGUUUGCCGUCCGCACUCACUUCUAUCGUGAGAUACGGUGUCUUGCGGAAUAUCUUACAUAUAUAGUGGACCAAUAUAGUAUAGAUAUCGACACUAUUUAGUGCUAUUUCUAUAUGUUAUGGACACACUGUAAUAAAUAGAUUAUUUGGAGUGUUUUUCUUUCAUUUGUUUGUUUUUAACCCUCCUGCAGACAGUUCAUAAUAAUAACAGAUCCAGACAGUAUGGACCUCUCAGGCCCACCGUACAAAAUGUAUGGAAAUAAUUUCAAAAUGAUAAAACCAAUAUCAAUUUUGAUUUUUUUUUCUGUUUUUAUUCGACGAAAAUGAAAAAAACGAGAUGAAUGAAUAGAAACAAAAAUAAAAGUAUUGAAUAAAUGUAAAAAAAUUAAUUGGAAUCGGAAGAAUCAGUUUUGUGUGUGCGUUUUUUUCCACAUUUUGAACACAAAACCGUCAUGGUUGAAUGUUCACCGCAAACGUUUUUGUUAGAUUUGCCACAACAAGUUUUUGUUUUUCGACCGAGUGAAGCUGGACCGAGCUGGACAUAAAUGACAUCGACGUCUUUGAGAUGAUGAGUUUGUCGAUGGUUCUUCAGAGACUUCUGAAAUUUUCAAAUGUUAGCGAACUUGAUUCAAAACUACUGAUGUUCCAUGUCCAUGCCACGAGUCGAUCUGCGAGCAAUUUGAUCGUAAACUAAUGAUUCAGACAGUUCAAGUAGAAAUUUUUGUACUUGUAUAUACAAAGUUUAACUCAAUAAAGUAUGUAACAUAAUUUAUGUUACUUUCGUAAUUUAUAUUGCGAACUCAAAAAAAGCCUUCCACUAACAGAGCUAAAUGAAAUAUUCGUUCACCAAAGAAAAUAAGAAAACUGAACGGACGUUUUAUUGCUACUAUUUCAUAUGUAUUAUACACGAGUCCGUUGUGGUCGCGACCGCAUUAGUAUGCGCAGUCAUCACACAUUGAAUUUUUUUCGGACAUACGCACCACCUAUACGGCUACGCUACUGUGUCCGAUCUUCACUUAUGUGCAGCUAUUGAAUUCGUAUAAAACCAUUGGAGACAGAAAACAGAAAAAAAAUAGAAUUUGUUUGCAAAAUUUUCUCUAAAUACAUGGAUUUCCAUACAUUUUGUAUGGUGAGCCUGAAAGGCCCAUACUGUCUGGUUGAAGUGAGAUUUUGGUUUUUGUCGAAUAACAAUUUUUUAUAAUUUAAUAUUUUACCGUUAUAUAUUUUUUUAUUUAUGUAUCGAUAUCAUUAGCUUAACGCGCAAGUUUCAAGAAAAUUGAUUUAGUAGUUUGGAUUUUAUUCAAUUUUUUAUGAGUUGCUGGGCCUCAUAGACCCAUUCUGUCUGCAGGAGGGUUAAAUUGGCGUCAAACACUGUCCGACAAAAACAAUCAUCUUUUGAAUGGGGAAUAUUCCUCUUUGAUUUCCAUUUAAUGCGUUACUGGGAGAGACAACAUUGAAAUAUUUUCUCAACUUGUGUCGCGACUUUGAUAGCACCCAAAAUUAGAUUUAAUUAUUAAAAGAAAAAAAAAACAGAUAAACUCUCUCAUUUAAUACACA